UACAGCCUACCGGCCUACACCUUUUUGAAGUAAGGAACCAAAUGUGGCAGCAGCGAUUAACUGGGCACUCCUCCCGCGUUGAUCUACGUUACUUUUCCUAAAUAUUCAAUUUUAAGCGAUUUUCUAACGAAUUCUUGUUGUAUUUCAACACGCAAAAUUUUAGCAUAGCAGUUCAAACGAAAUAAGCGAACUAAGUUAAGAGAAAUAUACCCAUCUUAGUUACUAUACCUUCACUCUCUGCGUAAUAACCGCACAACUGUGGGAAAAGUUCCAUUUUUAUUCAAAGGAAAAAGAAUCAUCUCAAUCAUUUUAAAAAUAUACGUUGUGCCAAACGUCACUAAACUGUCACCCGUCAUGGCCGCUAGUCCACCCUGUGUGCAUGUGCCUUUUGUUUUGAUAUCUUCCUGCUAAACGGAACAAAGCUAGUUCGGACGUCGGCUGGUACGCUUUUCCCAGGUGCGUGUGUCUCGCUUCGGAAAAACAAAAAGCUGGUGCUGGUGGGGGAAGUGGGGUGGAAGGAAAAUAAGACGUAAUUUCCGUCGGUUUCAGCGUACAGCAACAGCAGCAGCUUCCCAUUUUCUGCUGCGAAUUCUGGAGUGCAAGUGCAGCGGAAGGGUGCUUGGUGGCGCAAUUAACACUUCCCCAAACAAAAACGACGGUGGCCUCAAUUGGGAAAUGAGAAGCGCUCACUGCCGCUGCGGGUUAGAAGUGAUCAUUCCAACAACUCAGACUCCGACGGUUAGCAGCUAGAACACAGUGGUGUUGGAGAAGAAGCAGUGUCUGAGUCGGCUCACACUUUCAAACCCAGCGCGCACCAUGGGCAACGUGCUGAACAAUCUUGGCAGCAGUGUGUCGCAAGCGGUUCGGGCCCGAAAGCGCAAGCGGGGCGCGGACGAAAGUGCGGACGAAGGUGGCGAUGGAAGUGAUCUGCUGGAUCAAUCACUGCAGACGCCGAAAAGGAAGAAGUUAGUCUCCACCGCAAAGUACAUCUAUCAGGCACUGUUCAAGGAGGAACGCAACUCGGACGUUACGGUGCAUGCGCUCGGCAAGCAGUGGCACCUGCACAAAGUCUACCUGAGCCAGAGCCCGUACUUUGCCAGCAUGUUCAAUGGGUCAUGGCGGGAGGCGGACGAAGACUACGUGCACAUCGAGAUCAUUGAUCCGAAAAUAACGAUCGAAUCGCUGUACUCCGUGUUCGGGUCGCUGUACAUGGAUGAGGUGGUGCUCGAUCCGAAGGAGAUCAUUUCCACCCUCGCGACCGCGACGCUCUUCCAGCUGGACAGUCUUAUCGAACGGUGCGCGGAGGUGAUGGUGGAAACGACCACCGCUGAGACGGCCGUCCUGUACUACGAGGCAGCCUGCGAGUACGGCGUGAAAACAGUGAAAGAGUCCACCUUCGGCUGGCUGCUCGUGAAUCUGCUCAGCUUCUACCACCGUGCCCCCAGAUGGUUGCGGCUGAUCAGCGUCGACCUGAUGGUGCGGCUCGUAUCCAGCGCCGACCUGUACGUCGUACAGACCGAGUUCACCAUCUACCUGCUGCUCCGCUACUGGAUGACGCUCCGUAUCUUCCCGCACGAGCCCGCCCAGGACGGGGCGGAACAUCCGCAGGAACGCUACUUUGCCAAGCGUACCAGCAACGUACCGUUCCUGGCGACACCGCAGGGUGGCCCGUUCCGGCCGGCCUUCCGUGCGAUGAGGCUGCAGAAUCUGCUCAACCAUCACGUCGACAUACAGAUCCUGCGGGCGGACAAAAUCAUUCCGAUGAAAUGGUUGCACAAACCGCUGCUCCAGCAAUGGACCAGCCUGCUCACGAUCGACCAAUCGCUCGAUCGGCUGAUCGAAUGUGACGAUCGUGUGUUUCUCGAGUCGUGCGUCCGCUGCGGGCGCAUACUGAACGAAAACGUGCUGCACAAAUGGCGCUGGACCGGGUUCCAUUUCGGGCUGGAUCUGUUGCUGUCGUCCGACACGCGCUCCCUACGCAUCCGGCGACACCAUCGCACGGAGCACGAACGGUUGCUAAGCUUGCGGGUGAAGCGUCAGUUUUUGGUGCGCGUUUCGCUCGCAUCGCUGAACGAGCUGCGCCAAAUCAAGCACCAGCAGACGACACCGAUCAUCUCGAUCACGCUGGAGAAAAACGAAGACACGCAGCUGCUGGUGUUCGACCAGGAGCUAACCUUUCCGGUGCUGGUUUCGCUGAACAUGAUGCUGGUGCCACCGCCGGAAGAAGCGCCCGGUAAGGGUGGUAGGAAGGCGAAGGAAAAGGGUGCCCAUCCGGCCAGUAGUAGUCGGACGUCGGAGAAUCAGUCGGCUGGGGCCGGGGGUGGUGGUGGUGGUGGUGGUGGAAGCAGUAGUAGCACGGGAACGGUAGAAUCGCUUGACGGUGGCUCAUCUUCCAAUCGGGUGCUGUUGCCGAACGAAUCGUGAUUGCGGAUUGUGGGGCUGCCGGUCGUGCUUCCGGCGGCGUGAGUCGUAAGUGUACUUAUUAAGUGAACGGGGGAGCGUAUGAUGAUGAUCCUGUGAGCUUAAAGUGUCCGUCGGUCGUCUGUGCGUGUGUGCCAUUUCGACGAAUCGAUGUAGAAGUAGUAGUGCGGGGUCUUCCACUUCCGGUCUUUAUUUUUGAACUCAGUUUUUUGGCUUUUUUGCUCCAUUUGGCAUGGCAGGAGGAAUUGUGUUAAAAUGGCGCGACAGUAUGGCGCAAACUUGGCGGAGAGAACAAGAAAGAGAGAGAGAGCGAGAGAGAGAAGUUUAUGCAGAAUUUAGUGUAUAAAUUGGAAUUCGUGUGUAUCGCACAACACAUUUACGCUAUAGUUAUUAAACUUUAACAAUAGAUUUAACAGAUGAAUAAUAUUUAAUCGUACAGAACAGAA